UUUCACUUCCCUGCCCCAGGUCCCAGCUGCGCUCCAGGGUGCUGGCUCCCACCGGCCCCACGCCAUGGCCUGGGCUGCAGAAGGCACGGGGCAGCUCACAGCCAUCCUGGAGUCGGGCAGCAGCGAGGAGGAGGAGGAAGAGGAGGAGGAGGAAGAGGAAGAGGCAGCCGUGGUGCAGCAUCCCCGCCAUGGCCAGGAGCUGGGUGAAGCUGAGCAGCGCCUGGCUGAGCUGGAGCAAGCAUCCCAGGCGCUGCUGGCCGAGCUCUCGGCGCUGGAGACCGAGUUUGAGAUCGAGCGGACGUGUCGGGAGCGAGCCGAGACCUACGCGGCGCAGGUGAAGCAGGAGAACAAGCAGCUGAAGAGGCUGAGCCUGGCCCAAGCAGCCCCUGAAGUUCUGCUCGAGGAGGUGCCCCCUGAGGAGGACCCUGACCCUGCCCAUUGCUAUGAGCAGCAGCUUGAGGGUGAGCCAGGGUGAUCCCAUCCCCACCCCAUCCCCAUCCCACCCCAUCCCCAUCCCA